CUCUGUCUCAAAAAAUAAAUAAAUAAAUAUAAAUAAAUAAAUAAUAACAAAAUGCUUUUUAAGUAACCUUUUCUAAAAAUAACGUGUUUAGUGUAAAUGAAUGAAACUACUCAACCAAAAGAUGUUGAUUGGCAAAAUCAUUGAAAAAACAGUAUCCAAGUGUAUGUUCUGCACAGGGAUUUGCUUAAAUCUAAUGACAUGCAUAGAUGGAAACUGAAAAAAUGAAAAAAGUUAUUCUAUAUAAAUAGUAAUAAAAAGAGUGCAAGGGUGGCUUUACUAAGGGCUAAGUCAGACUUUUUUUUUUUUGACAUGGAGUUUCGUUCCUGUUACCCAGGUCGGAGUGCAAUGGCGCAAUCUCAGCUCACCGCAACCUCCGCCUCCUGGGUUCAGGCAAUUCUCCUGCCUCAGCCUCCCGAGUAGCUGGGAUUACAGGCACGCGCCACCAUGCCCAGCUAAUUUUUUGUAUUUUUAGUAGAGACGGGGUUUCACCAUGUUGACCAGGAUGGUCUCGAUCUCUUGACCUCGUGAUCCACCCACCUCGGCCUCCCAAAGUGCUGGGAUUACAGGCGUGAGCCACCGCACCUGGCUAAGUUAGACUUUCUUUCUUUUUUUUUUUUUUUUGAGACGGAGUUUUGCUCUUGUUUACCCAGGCUGGAGUGCAAUGGCGCAAUCUUGGCUCACCGCAACCUCCGCCUUCUGGGUUCAGGCAAUUCUCCUGCCUCAGCCUCUUGAGUAGCUGGGAUUACAGGCACGCACCACUAUGCCCAGCUAAUUUUUUGUAUUUUUAGUAGAGACGGGGUUUCACCAUGUUGACCAGGAUGGUCUUGAUCUCUUGACCUCGUGAUCCACCCGCCUCAGCCUCCCAGUAAAUUAGACUUAAAGUGAAAAAUUGUUAGAAGAGAGCAAGAAGAACAUUAUACGUUGCCAAAAGGGUUAUUUCACCAAGAAGACAUAACAGUUAUAAACAUAUGUGCACCAAACAUCAGUGCUCCUAAUUAUAUAAAGCAAAUACAGACUUGAAAAGAGGAGUAGCUACCUAAUAAUACAGUGGACUCUGAGCCACAUGGAUUUGAACUACAUAGGUGCACUUAUGUGUCAGUUUUUUUCAACCAAACUCAGACUGAAAAUACAAUAUUCAUGGGAUGUGAAACCCACAUAUAUGGAGGGCCAAGUUUUCAUAUACAUUGGUUCUACCAGGCUGACUGCAAGACUUGAGUUUGUAUGCAUUUUGAUAUGCCAAGGUUCUUGGAACCAAUCCCCCCUAUAUAAUGAGGGACAAUUAUACUAGGACACUUCAUACCUCACUUUCAAAUAGCCAGACCAAAGAUAAGAAAAAAAAAAAGUAAGGAAAUAGAGGAUUUGAAGAACAUUAUACACAAAAUUGACCUAAAAGACUAUACAGAAUAACCCACAUGACAACAGAAUAUACAUUUUCUCAUUUGCAGAUAGAAUAUUCUCUAGGAUAGACUAUAUAUUAGGCCAUCAGUCAAAUGUUAAUAAAAUUUAAUUUUUAAUAUAAUAAAUAUUUUUUCCAAUUACAAUCUAGAUCACAAAAACUAGAAAUGAUAGCAGCAUGAAAAGUGAAAAUUCACAACUAUGUGGAGAAUAAACACAUUCUUAAAUAACCUAUAUGUAAGAGUAAAUUAGAAGUGAAAUUAAAAAUAUAUGGAGACCACUGAAAAUGAAAACAAUGUGCCAAAAUUUAUUAGAUGUGGUAAAAGCGGUGGUAGGUGGGAAAUUUGUACCUGUAAAUGCUUAUAUUAAAGAAAUAAGUAUCUUUUUUUUUGAGAUAGAGUUUCACUCGUUACCCAGGCUGGAAUGCAAUGGCGCGAUCUCGGCUCACCGCAACCUCCGCCUCCUGGGUUCAGGCAGUUCUCCUGCCUCAGCCUCCUGAGUAGCUGGGAUUACAGGCACGUGCCACCAGGCCCAGCUAAUUUUUGUAUUUUUAGUGGAGACGGGGUUUUGCCAUGUUGGCCAGGAUGGUCUCAAUCUCUUGACCUCGUGACCCACCCGUCUCAGCCUUCUGAAGUGCUGGGAUUACAGGCUUGAGCCACCACACCCGGCCAAGAAAUAUGUAUCUUAAAUUCACAACCUAAUUUUAUAUUCAUGAACUCAAAAAGGCAAAUAAUUUGAACAAGAAAGCUUGCAGGAGGAAAGAAAUAAUAAAGAUUAAUGCAAUGACGAGUGGAGAAUAGAAAAAGAGAAAAUCAACCAAACCAAGAGUUAGAUUUACUUAAAAAACAAAAAAUGUGUGGACAUUACUGCAAAUUUUAGGGAAAUAAAAACGAUGUUAAUAGAGCACUGUCAACAAUUGUAUGCUAACAAACUGUACAACCUAGAUGAAAUAGACAAGUCCCUUAAAAUAUAUACCCUACCAAAACUGAAUCAUGAAGACAGAACAUCUGAGUAGAUCUAUAACUAGUAAGGAGAUUGAAUCAGUAAGCCAGAGCUUCCCAACAAAGAAAGUCCAAGCCCAGGUGGCUUCACUGGUUAACUCUCCCAUUUAAAAAAAAAAAAAAAAAGUUUAUUUUUUUAGUAAACCUUAUUUUACUUAGUAGGAAUUCUUCCAAACAUUUAAGGAACCACAACUUCUCAACCUCUUCCCAAAAAUGCAAGAGGAGAGAACACUUCCUAGUUCCUUCUCUGAGACCAGGAUUACCAUGGUACCAAACCAGACAGACAUUACAUGAAAAUAUACACCAACAUUCCAUAUGAAUACUGAUGCAAGACUCUACCAUAAAAUACCAGCAAAAUUCAGCAACAUAUUAAAAGGAUUAUACUCAAUGACCAAACAUCUAUUCCUAUAAUGCAAAUGUAAUUUAUGAUUCAACAUACAAAUAUUGAUGUAUUAUGCUGCAUGAACAGAUUAAAAGAUAUAAAAAUAUAAUCCACAUGAUCAUACCAGCAAAUGCAGAAAUUUCACGAAAUUCAGCACCUUUUCAUGAUUAAAAUAUCAUGCAAAUAAUUAAAAAGAAACUAUCUCAACACAAUAAAGGCUAUAUGUGAAAAAUUCCAGAGCUUAUUUUCAUAUUCAAUGGUGAAGGACUGAAAGCUUUUCUUCUAAUAUCAGGAAUACAAUGAGUUUGCUCCACUUUUCCACAUCUAGUCAAUAUAGUAUUGGAAGUUCUAGGCAGAACAAUUGGGUAGAAAGGAAAUAAACUUGUUAAAAUUGGAGACAGAGAAAACUGUGUCUAUUAGCUGAUGACAUGUUCUAAUAAAUUCUACAGAAUACACAAGAAAAAAACUUCUUAGAGCUAACAAAGUGAAAAAGUUAUAGGAAAAACACCUAUAUAGAAAAAGCAGUUAUAUUUCUACACAAAAACAAAACAACUUGAAAAGGAAAAUACUUCUCUUGGCAAUAGUAUCAAAAAGAAACAAUUACUUAGGAACUGUCUUAGCCAAGGACAAGAGAAGCAGUUGGACACUGAGCUCUGCAAUAUCUUACUGAAGGAAAUUCAAGGAGGCACAAAUAAAUGGAGAUAUAUCCAUUUUUAAUGAGUUGAGAGAGAAAUUACAAGGCAGUGAAUACCACCUAAAAUGGUCUGCAGCUUCACUGCAAUCCUUAAUCGCAAUGAUUUUUCUUUUCAGAAAUGGAAAAAUCCACCCAAGAUUCACUGAAAUAUCAAGGGAUGCUCUCUCCCAUGGUCAUAUCCUAAACCUUGUCAUUUCCUAGAAAAUACUCUUCGGUAAUAAUUUGCAGCAUGAGUCUGCAACAACUUUCACCUGUAUUGCCACCUGAGUCCCAUCAGCAUUCUUGCAUCAAUAAUCUUAGUACCUCGCCAAUACUUACAAUCCACUGAGACUAUCACCUUUUUGCUCUCUUAACGUCUAAUGUCCUCACAGCCAGCCAAGUGCAUCUCUUGUCAGGUGAGGACAGCUCACUCCACUUCUGUCUUCCUUCCCAGAAUAUGUCCCAUGAAAAUCUCUAGCUAGAUGAAGCCAGAGAAAGAGAAUAUUUGAUUUCUUAGGCUUUUUGGAAGAGUGAGGAAUGGUAAUAGGGGUUUGGAGUGUACCCUGCAAGCACCAGUCAAUAGGGUGUAUCCUGAAUGGAUAGUGGGUAAAGGACAUUUGUUGUGAAGCUCUGUCCAACUCCACUUCAGGAAAGCCUGCCUUUAAUCAGAGUGAUGAUUUAUUAGUGUAAUGCUGACCUCCAUGUUUUUGAAUUAUUCUCAUACUUUGGAAUUAGGGAAUUUCUCAUUACAAAUUAUUCUUUAGAUACUUUGUGUAUAAUCAUGCUCUUGGUUUCUAAGCACUGCUGUCAGGUUAUACAGGGCAGUGAGUGAACAGAUCUGUGAAGUAUUAACUCUGGGCAUUGUGGCGAGUGUAAUGGUAAAAGUAUUUUAAAUGUGUUGUGAGGGAAGGGAAUAUACCAAUUCAUGAUAGGUGAGUGGGGUAUUGGUGUAACAGAAAGAAGGUCCAGCUGCUCACCACUUACAGAAAAAAGCCAAAUAACAAAAGGAAGAUGGGAUAAAAAGGGUGAAUUUUAUUAUCCAUUGCUAGCAAGGGAGAGAGUAACUGGAAUCUUUUCCAAAAAUUGCCACUUUUCAAUUUCUGGAGAGAGGACCACAGUUUAAGAAGUUGGCUUGGAAUGCAGAGGUAAGUGGGGUUAAGAGGUACCUGACGGCCUGUCUCACUCCCUUGGCUUAUCUAGAAUGGUUUCCUCUGGUGAAGGGGCCAAUGCCAUCACACGCUAUAUCAGGUUAUAAAUUGAUGGCAGUCAAUCUUGCAGUUUAUCUGUAGCCAGGAGGUUAAGGCUACCUGAUCUGCAUCAGUAUUCUUCCCCUGAAGCUUCUAAGGAAAUAUAUGAGGUGAUAAGUGAGCAUAGUGUGAGCUUAACAAGCAUCCAGGAUAAAAAAAAAAACGUGCAUAGGACAUGGAAGCAUAAGGUGGGAAAGGGAAGGGAGUGACGUUUUAAAGCAGAUUCAGAGGCUGUAUUUGAACACGAAAGAAAACACAUCUGUAGUUUGUCUCAAAGCUACGUCUUGAGCCUGGGGAGAAGGGGGAAAGAAAAAGCGGUUUUUAAAAUGUACUUUGAAGCUAAGGUGCUACCAAGCUUAGGUAACCAUACAUAGGCUUCAAAAUACUAUUAGGCCAACCAGCCCAACCUUGUUUAAACCUGAGUAAUGAUUCAAAUAUUAUAAAAUGCAUCACUUUAAAAUGUAACCUUUAGUGGUUUUUAGUAUAUUUCCAAAGUCUUGCAAUUGUCACUAUUCUCUAAUUUCAAGUCUUUUUAAUCAGCCCAGAAAGUAGUCCCCUAUCCACUGGCAGUCACUCCCAAUCCCCAUCCUUCUUCCAUCAGCUCCUGGCAACCACUAUUCUACUUCCUGUUUCUAUAGAUUUGCCCGUUCUGAAUAUUUCAUGUAAAUGAAAUCAUACAACAUGAGCUCUCUUCUGUCUCACACCUCUUAGCCUUAAUUUCUCUUAAUGUAUACUGAGGAGUGAAAUUGGGUUAUAAGCUGUAUUAGUCUGUUUUCACACUACUAUAAAGUACUGCCUGAGAUUGGGUAAUUUACGAAGAAAAGAGGUUUAAUUGACUCACAGUUCCAAGGCUUAACAGGAAGUAUGACUGGGAGGCCUCAGGAGACUUAGAAUCAUGGUGGAAGGUGAAGAAGAAAGCACUAGAACAGAAGAGAAAGUGCAAAGACGAAGCGCCACCACUUCCCAACAACCAGAUCUCAUGAGAAUUCACUCACUAUCACGAGAACAGCAAGGGGGACGUCCGCCCCCAUGAUUUAAUUGCCUUCCACUAGGCUCCUCACCCAACAUGUGAGGAUUACAAUUUGAGAUGAGAUUUGGGUGGCAACACAGAGCCAAAUCAUAUCAUAAUCCCAUUUUUUUUGUCAGUCUAUUUUGCCAGCAUCAGUCUCUUUGGGAUGUCCAUGCCCUCAGAUUCUGCAGUCUUCAGUCUGGGAAUGGACUGAGAAUAGGGCUCCAAACAGGUGAUGAAGAAUGCUCCCUGAAAUACGUAUUACAACACAUAGGAUGUUGAGUGUGGUGAGAUUGCCAAUGGCCAGAGAGGAGAGCAGUACCGCCCUUAGAUCCAAACAAAUGAUGUCCAUGCUUUAGGCCCUGUGUGUCAUGGGCCCAUAGUUUUCUGUGCCGCCUUCACAUUCUUCUCUGGUAUCUGGAACUAAUCAUGCCUGGCACUGCUAUCCAAGUGGAGUACCUUGAGCCCUGAUCUUGCGGGAUUCCUGGUAGUUUAGCUCAGGUUGGCGUUUCCGGUGAAUCCUGGGAAAUGUAGUCCAUUUUGUGGGAAGUGUAGUCCACUGGCCGGUGGAACACCGGACAUUUUGGCUCUGGCAGGCGGACCGGUGAAUUCUGGGAACCAUACUCCAGACACUCUGAGGUGUCGCCGGCCCUUUGGCUCAGAGGAGCGAGUUUGGGGAAUUCUGGGAAGUGGAUGCAGUCCAGACACGCUGGCGGAGAGGAUACUUCCGGUCUCCGAGCUUGAGGUUCCUACUUUAAUGACCAGGGUAGUUUGAGCCAUUUCUGCGGCUUAGAGGACAUUUUGAACGAGCCCCCUUUGCUUGAGGCUUCCAACUGCCCCAUGAUCGAUGAUCGUUUCAGAGGAAAAGAGGCCUUGGCAAAGACUGGAGAUACCUGUAACCAGAGACAGCUGAUUGUAGGUUUCUGCAGCAAGGAAGCCCACAUACCAGGGCACAAUUCUGCUUUCUCUCGAAGUGCAUCAUUCAGGACUCUGCAAAUUCCCUGAAGUAGGAGGAAAAAUGACCACGUCCAAGGUUGGCAGCAGGGGAGUCCAGAAUCCUAGGGUCCACUGUGAGCUGGCCAUCCAGGGCUCAAGAAAGCUACCUGGAGCAGAUGGAAUCUUGACUGUAUGUACCCCACUUGCACCAGAGCUGAGGCACCCCAGAAGGAGGCAGUGACCUUUAAGGAUGUGGCUGUGGUCUUUACUGAGGAGGAGCUGGGGCUGCUGGACCCUGCCCAGAGGAGGCUGUACCGAGAUGUGAUGCUGGAAAACUUCAGGAACCUGCUCUCAGUGGGGCAUCAACCAUUCAACCGAGAUACUUUCUACUUUCUAAGGGAGGAAAAGUUUUGGAUGAUGGAUAUAGCAACCCAGAGAGAAGGGAAUUCAGGUACAAUUCUGCUUUCCCAGGAAUUGCAUCACUCGGUACUACACAAGUUCCCGGAAGUAAGAGGGAAAAUGACCACGUUCACGGAGGCAGUGACCUUCAAGGACGUGGCUGUGGUUUUCACUGAGGAGGAGCUGGGGCUACUGGACCCUGCCCAGAGGAAGCUGUACCGAGACGUGAUGCUGGAGAAUUUCAGGAACCUGCUGUCAGUGGGACAGCAAGCAUUCGACAGGGAUACUUUCCAGUUCCUAAGGGAAGAAAAGGUUUGGAUGAUGAAGACAGCAACCCAGAGAGAAGGGAAUUCAGGAGGCAAGAUCCAAACUGAGAUGAAGCCUGUUUCAGAAGCAGGAACACAUCAAGAGUGGUCCUGCCAGCAAAUCUGGGAAAAAAUUGCUUUACAAGAAACAUGGCACCGGCAUCUGCUCAGCUUCUGGAAGGGCCUUGGGAAGCUUUUACUCAUGGGAGAAGGUGAAAUUGGAGUAGGCAGGAUUCUGCUUUCCCUCAGACUGCAUCACUCAGGACUCUGCAUAUUCCCUGAAAUAGGAGGAAAAAUGACCACGUUGAAGGAGACAGUGACUUUCAAGGAUGUGGCUGUGGUCUUCACCGAGGAGGAGCUGCAAUUGCUGGACCCUGCCCAGAAGAAGCUGUACCAAGAUGUGAUGCUGGAGAAUUUCAGAAACCUGCUCUCAGUGGGGCAUCAACCAUUCCAUGGAGAUACUUUCCACUUCCCCAGGGAAGAAAAGUUCUGGAUGGUGGAGACAGCAACCCAAAAAGAAGGGAAUUUAGACGGAGUUUCACUCUUGUUACCCAGCCUGGAGUGCAAUGGCGUGAUCUCGGCUCACCGCAACCUCCGCCUCCUGGGUUCAAGCAAUCCUGCCUCAGCCUCCCGAGUAGCUGGGAUUACAGGAGGCAAGAUCCAAACUGAGAUGGAAACUGUUCCAGAACAAGGGACACAUGAAGGGUUGUUUAGCCAUCAAACCUGGGAACAAAUUUCAAGUGACUUAACCAGAUUUCAAGACUCCAUGGUAAACAGCUCUCAGUUCCCCAAACAAGAUGAUAUGCCCUGCCAGGUUAAUGCCAGACUAUCUAUAAUUCACAAAGGAAAGAAACCUUCUGAGGGUGGGAAGUGUAAAAAAUCCUUUAGUGAUGUCACCAUCCUUGAUCUUCAUCAACAAUUGCAGUCAAGAGAGAAGUCUCAUACAUGUGAUGAAUGUGGAAAGAGUUUCUGUUAUAGCUCAGCUCUUCGCAUCCAUCGGAGAGUUCACAUGGGGGAGAAACUCUUUAAUUGUGAUGUGUGUGGUAAGGAAUUCAAUCAGAGCUCACAUCUGCAAAUUCAUCAGAGAAUCCACACUGGAGAGAAACCAUUCAGAUGUGAGCAGUGUGGGAAAGGCUUUAGUCGUAGAUCAGGACUUUAUGUUCAUCGUAAAUUACACACAGGAGAGAAACCUCAUAUUUGUGAGGAAUGUGGGAAGGCCUUCAUUCAUGAUUCCCAGCUUCAAGAACAUCAGAGAAUCCAUACUGGGGAGAAGCCAUUCAAAUGUGAUAUAUGUGAUAAGAGCUUCCGUAGUAGAGCAAAUCUUAAUAGGCACUCCAUGGUCCACAUGCGAGAGAAACCAUUCAUAUGUGAUACAUGUGGUAAGGGCUUUGGUUUGAAAUCAGUACUUAAUAGUCAUCGCAUGAUUCACACAGGAGAGAAACGGUACAAAUGUGAGGAAUGUGGAAAACGCUUCAUUUAUAGGCAAGAUCUUUAUAAGCAUCAGAUAGACCACACAGGGGAGAAGCCAUAUAAUUGUAAAGAGUGUGGAAAGAGCUUCAGAUGGGCCUCAGGUCUUUCAAGACAUGUGCGAGUCCACAGUGGAGAGACACCAUUCAAAUGUGAAGAAUGUGGGAAGGGAUUUUAUACAAAUUCACAGCGUUAUUCUCACCAGAGAGCCCACAGUGGAGAAAAGCCAUAUAGAUGUGAGGAGUGUGGGAAGGGCUACAAAAGGAGAUUGGAUCUUGACUUUCAUCAGAGGGUCCACAGAGGAGAGAAACCCUACAAUUGUAAGGAAUGUGGGAAGAGCUUUGGCUGGGCCUCAUGUCUUUUGAAUCAUCAGAGAAUCCACAGUGGAGAAAAACCAUUCAAGUGUGAAGAGUGUGGGAAAAGAUUUACUCAGAAUUCACAACUUUAUACCCAUCGUAGAGUCCAUAGUGGAGAAAAACCAUUCAAAUGUGAAGAGUGUGGGAAAAGAUUUACUCAGAAUUCACAACUUUAUUCUCAUCGCAGAGUCCACACUGGAGUAAAGCCAUACAAAUGUGAGGAGUGUGGGAAGGGCUACAUUAGUAAGUUUAAUCUUGACAUGCACCAGAGAGUCCACACGGGAGAGAGACCUUAUAAUUGUAAAGAAUGUGGGAAGAGCUUCAGCCGGGCCUCAAGUAUUUUGAAUCAUAAGAGACUCCACGAUGAUGAAAAGCCAUUCAAAUGUGAAGAGUAUGGGAAGAGAUUUACUGAGAAUUCACAGCUUCAUUCCCAUCAGAGUGUUCACACUGGGGAAAAACCAUACAAGUGUGAGAAGUGUGGAAAGAGCUUCAGAUGGGCCUCAACUCAUCUAACCCAUCAGAGACUCCACAGUAGAGAAAAACCACUUCAGUGUGAGGACUGUGGGAAGAGCAUUGUGCACAGCUCAUGCCUUAAAGACCAACAAAGAGACCAAAGUGGAGAGAAACCAUCUAAAUGUGAGGACUGUGGGAAGCGCUACAAGAGGCGUCUGAAUCUUGAUAUGCUUUUGUCAUUAUUUUUAAAUGACACAUAAUUAUUAUACUUGUUUAUGAGGUACAGUGUGAUAGUUAAUACAAAUAUAUAAUGUAUAAUGAUCAAAUUAGUAUAAUUAACAUACUCACCUCAAACAUUUAUCAUUGUGUUCGGAAUCCUUAAAAUUCACUAUUCUAGCUAUCUGAAAAUGAUAAGUUGUUAAUUACAGUCACCCUGCAGUGGUGUAAAAUACUAGAACUUACCUCCUACCUGCAUUUCUACAUUGAUUAACCAACUUUUGGCUACCACCCUCCCUCCUCACCUCUAAGAACUACUACUAUUCUACUCUCUACUUCCAUGAAAUUAACUUUUUGAGCUUCCACAUAUGCAUGAGAACAUGUGGUAUUUACCUUUCUGUGCCUGGCAUAUAUCACUUAAUAUAAUGCCCUGUAAGGUUCAUUCACUUUGCUGUGACAGAAUUUUGUCAUUUUUCAUGGCUAAGUAAUACUCUGAUGUGUAUAUUUGCCACAUUUUCUUUAUUCAUUCAUCCAGUGGACGCGUAGGUUAAUUACAUAUCUUGGCCUAUUUCUUGGCUAUCGUGAGUAGUGCUACAAUAAACAUGGGAGGUAGACUCUUUAA